AAUAUUUAACCUCCCAAAUCAGCCACUUUUGCAUCAAAAUGACCAACACACAAGAAACUAGACCAUCUAAGGAGUUUAAGGGAAAUGCUACAAAGCAAGGAUUUUUUGAGCUACCCCAUCAUAAUCCCUUUCCACAAGAGUAUCAGCUUAUUGAGAAGUUAGUGAAGAAGAUAAAGGAGAUAAUGGGGAGCAAAAAAUCAAGGGAAAAUGAUGAUAAAAUACAAGAGUUGGUUAUGAUUGAUGCUAUUCAGAGGUUAGGACUUGAAUGUUACUUUAAAGACGAUAUUCAUGCUGCAUUGGAAAAUUGUAACGAAACCGGAGAAUGUAGUGAAAAUCUCCAUGAUGUUGCUCUUCGUUUUCGGCUACUAAGACAAGCAGGGUACAAUGUACAAGCAGAUACUUUCAGUAAAUUCAAGGACAACAAAGUUGGAAGAUUCAAACAAGAACUUGAGAAAGACACAAAAGGGCUAAUUAGUCUUUUCGAGGCGUCUGAGCUGAGCAUCCCGGGUGAUCAAAUCCUUGAUGAAGCCGGUGAAUUUACUUGGAAUCUCCUAAUGAACUCUUCGAAAAACGUCGAAAAAUCCGAGACUUCGAUGAUCAGAAACAUACUUAGCAAUCCAUGUCAUAAAACCAUUCCGAGACUCACUGCAAAGAAACAACUCCACAAUUUUGAAAAUUUGCUAAAGUUCCUACAUGAUUGCUUCGGCACACAAGAAUGGAUCAAGGAGAUACAACAUCUUGCUAGAAUUGAUAUCAACAUGGCUCAAAUCACCCUCAAAACUGAAAUAACACAAGUUUCCCUGUGGUGGAAACAACUUCGCAUGGCCGAGGUUUUGACGCUAGCUAGAAACCAACCAGCAAAAUGGCAUAUGCGGUCCUCAGUUGCACUCCCUAGUCCGGAUCAGGCAGAGCUAAGAACAGAACUUACAAAAUCAAUAUCGUUCAUUUAUAUAAUUGAUGACAUAUUUGAUUUGUAUGGAAACCUUGAGGAGCUCACUCUCUUCACCGAAGCUGUAAAUCAAUGGGAUCAUACGAAUAUCAAUGGCUUACCAGACUACAUUACAAUAUGUCUUAAGGCACUCUACGACACUACGCAUGAGAUGAGCCAGAAAAUUUACAUUAAACAUGGAUGGAACCCCAAAGUUGUUUUACAAAACGCGUGGGCGGAGUUAUGUAAUGCCUUCUUGGUGGAAGCAAGGUGGUUUGCUUCGGAGUAUUUGCCUACUACUACAGAGUAUUUGACGAACGGAGUUGUUAGUUCUGGAGUCUAUGUUGUUUUUGCAACCCUGUUCUCUCUAUUGGGUGAAGCAACAAGUUAUGAAAGCACCUAUAUAUGGAACAACAACCAUCCGAAAAUUGUAUCUUUAGCAGGCACACUUCUUCGUCUCUGGGAUGAUCUAGGGAGCGCCAAGGAUGAGGAUCAAGACGGGCAUGAUGGAUCGUUUGUAGCAUGUUACAUGAACGAGCACCAAGAGAGCUCAGAUGAAAAUGCACGCGAAUACGUUCUUGGGAUGAUUUCGGACGCAUGGAAGCACCUAAAUGAAGAGUGUUUAUCUCAAAACUCACCAUUUUCAUCGGAUUUCAAGAAUGCUUUCCUGAAUUUAGCAAGGAUGAUUCCAAUUAUGUAUAAAUACGAUGACAAUCAUCGUUUGCCAAGUCUUGAGAAACACAUGAAGUCAUUGCUUUAUGAGUAAACCAAGAUCAACAUCUAGUGAGUCUAUAUUAUAUUUGUUAUCUUGUAAGAUUAUGAAUUUAUAAAAUAAUAAAACCUAAUUAGGUUAAUAGUGGCAUUCUCUUUGCAUACGUUUGGCAAUAUUCAGUUUCAAACUUUUCUUUAAAUCAGUCAAACUAAUAACAAGAGAGUCUUUGUUUGUAGUUAGCCAU